AUGUAUAAGCUGGCCUCCUGCUGUUUGCUUUUCAUAGGAUUCUUAAACCCUCUCUUAUCUCUUCCCGUCUCUGAUUCCAGGGAAGUAUCCCUUCAGCUCUCAGCACCUGAUGAAGACGCAAGGCUAACGCUACAGGGCCUGGAAAGAGCUUCCCUUCUGCAGGUGCUGCCAGAGACCGUGGGUGUCGGAAGAGGCGAUGCUCCUAGGGAAGCAGGUCCUAGUACCAAUGUUUUCAACCCAAGAGGAAAUCUGAGAAAGUUUCAGGCUUUCUCUGGACAAGACCCAUUUAAUAUUUUCCUGAGUCAUCUUUUGGCCGGAACCAGGAAAGAAUACAAGAAACGUGGGACUCCUUCUGAAUGCUUCUGGAAAUACUGCGUCUGA